AUGGGGAAGAAGAGACCGGGUUUGGCGGGGGGAGCUUGGAAGCUGCUCACGUUGGCCUUGCUGUGGGCGAGGAAAGGCGGAGUCUUCAAACGGGGGCUUCUGUCAGAGCUCCGGCGCUUGCUCAACUGCGUCAAGAGCCUCAAGGCCUCACCCUCCGAGGUUGUCGACAAGACUCCCCUCUUCUUCUCUAUCAAUCGCCGGCGAAAAUCCAGGGAGAUUCCAAGCAUCCCCUGCUUCAAACCCACAGUGGAUUUCGAUUAUGACGGCGUGGAUGAAGAGCGAGAAUGGGGAGGAGGACGAUAUCUUAUAGAGGGCCGCAGCGAAGAGUCGGUGGUUGCCGAAGAAGAAGAAGAAGAGGAAGAAGAAGAGUCCAUUGACAAGAAGGCCGAGGAGUUCAUAGCCAGGUUCUACGAGCAGCUGCAUUUGCAACAACAGAGAUCGUUUCUGCUGCAGAACCAGCCCCCUCACCCCCUGAGCGCGACGUGA